AUGUCCAGUGUUCUAGGAGCUCGGAUUGCAGAUAGAAUGUAUCGUGACCCAACAUUCGAUUGGAGCAGCGCUAGCUGGAGGGACUCAGUCACCGGAGAAAUCAAUAGCCCUACAUUUCUCAGCUCGGAGCCAGCACCAUAUGCUACAGGUACCAGAACACCUCCGGAGCGCACAGGCACGAAUAGACGUAAACAAACCCUCCUCGCACUAAUAGACGAGCUUGCUGCGCUGCGCGAAGAGGAGAUCGAAAAAGAGAGAGAAAUAAGUCAUGGACUUACUAAGGAUGAGCGAGCAUCCGGUGACGCCGAAGGAGUCGAAAGAUUUCAGGCUUUCGAUGAACGGAUUCGAGGACUGGACCUCAAGCUACAAGCAUUUGCCAACGCCGUUCGUCAACUUGGCUCGAGUGUUGGCCUGUUAAAUGCUGCUUACCAUCUCAGAGCGCGAUUGAGACAAAUUCAAUAUUUCUUUCAAGAAAAUGCGGCAGAGCUUUUUGAUGGUGUUCCUCACGCACCCAACGUUGGCACCAAGCCGUAUAGUGCGCGAAAGAGGGGCAAAGUACGCAGACAUAUGGCUGUGGGCCCCGAAAACAAUAAACUGUGGUCAACAGAAAUCGAGGACCUGCCCGGCGAAAUGGAAAAUUUGGCGAAAGAUUUGGACGUAUUUUUGAAUCGCCUUAAUGAUGUACCGGAGUUCACAGACGAGGCGGUCAACGCGUCAAUUAAAGCAUUUGAGGGGAUUUAUGGGCAAUAUCGUGCCUCGUGUUUGCGGGAAUUUGAGGGCCAGCUCAAGUAUUCGGCUGUAUCUCGAUAUAUCAACGACCUUACAGAGGAUUUGGGGAUGCACAUGGACAGCAUGAAGGAAUCUCUCAACACUUUUAUUGAUGUUGGUGUCCCAACGAUUCGUUUCUCCCAAAAGCACACCGCAACUGGACUUCAGAAUCUGUCAACUGUUGCAACCUUUUUCAGUGGUGUAACUGCUACUACACUUCAGUUUAGCUUCGAAGCUCACAAUGAUGCUGUACAAAAUUUAGUGAACGGCUUGUGGAUUAGCAGUUUGGUGUUCUCUAUUGCAAGCGCCAUUAAUUCACAGCUUGCUUAUCACUGGCGUGCGGCCAUGUACAGGUCCCCGAGGUGUUAUGUGCCAUGGUGGGUUUCGAUCUGGAUUACGCGUACACCUCUGUUCUUCCUCGUGGGCUCUGUAAUCGCAUUCUCAGCCGGGCUUUGUGUAUUCACUUACAGUAGCGACCAAUCUCCAGCUGUAAGCGCGGUAGUUACUUCCUUCACAGUGGUGACAUCUUCGGCAUUGCUAUGCGUGGGCCUCUGGUUUGCGUCAGAACGCUGGACCUUUGCCCGAACAAAGGGGAGUCGUUGGCUACUUGACAUCCUCGAAGAACAUGGAGAAAAGGCGGGAAAAGUUACGGGGAUCACCCCAACCAAGCAGGCUGCAAAACGUGGUGCUCAACGUACUCAAACAUUGUUCAAAGACGUCAAGCGUUCAAUGACAAGUGCUUCUGAGAGGGUUGUGGGAGUCGCUGGUCGAAUGGGAUCUGCAGUGGAUGUCAUCAAGGCUGUUCCACGGGACUUUAUGCGGACAAUGUCGUCGUUGGCGAUUGUGACUGACGGAACAAGUUCAAAUGCUCGGGGCGACGAGGAAUCUCAGGAUGGCACGUAUCGAACGGAUUCUCCGACAGCUAUGUUCAAUGGGGACAACAGCAGCGGUAGUCUCGGAGUCAAUCCACAGUCGGAAAAGCGCAAACUUUCAGAUUUGGGAAGAAGUAACGAGGAACCAAUCCCAGAACAUGAGCCUUUAACACUGGAUACGCGAACGGCGCCAGGACUCGUUGUAAAUCCACCUAGCGCGGCCCCAACAACGCCAGGCUCCACUUCGAAUUCAAGCAAUUCUCCCCAUGUAGACCCAGGCCCUUCGGAACAACCUCAACCCAACGCGAGGCUCAGAGCACUUACCAGGAGGGUUAUCCAUACCUUUAGGCUGGUGCCUCAUAAUCAUCCACCCAGUCCUCCGGUCCGUUCGAUGUCAUCUCCGUCAGUCAUGAGCGACUCUCGGCAUAGGCGAGACUCAAGUGAACACGAACUCAUUCCUGCCCGUAUCCAAACCUACGUCCCCAUGUUACGCACUUUGCGGUCCAGCCAAUUGCUGACCGAACAUGUUGCCUUGGUCAAACAUUUGCAAUUCUCGCCCGACGGAAAGUUCCUCGCCACCUGCAGUUGGGACCGAACCGCUUUGAUUUGGCGUGUAGGAGCUGGGCCGUAUGGAGAAUUUGAGUUGAUGCACAAGUUGGUCCAUACAGCUCGUGUGGGUGGAUUCGUCGGGCAGGUCGCUUGGAGUCCCAAUGGCGAGCAGCUUUUGACAAAGCAGCUCAAGUCGAUCAAAGUAUGGAGCUCCAAGACUGGUGUAUGUGAGAGAACAAUUGACCAGAAACGAUCGGUACAAGCGAUUACCUGGAUGCCCAAAGGCCAACGGUUUUUGUCAAUCGAAUGGAAAACGGAAUCUUCUCAGGCCGACAAGCGGUUCAACAUGCGGAGAACAUUCUGGGCUCAGAUCUUAUUGUUGUACACGGAUGGAACAAAGCUUCAGGAACAUCAUCUGCCUCGACUUCAAGUCUGGGAUGCGGCCGUGGUACCUGAUGAAGAGAGGCUCGUUGCCGUUGCCACAUUAAUUCGAACUGAGCAGGAACGUCGGCCUGUGAAAUCACGGCACGAGAAACGGAUAUUGAUUUACAACCUAAACACUAAAGAGAUCGAAAACCAAGUUCCGCUACUACAGGAGGUUCGAGAUAUUACGCUUACGGAGGAAGGCAACUAUGCUCUAGUAUCGUAUGAAAACAAGGCACCACCUCAGGCAUGGCGCAUCGAUAAGAUUCUCAGGGAAGGAAAACAGCGACUUGUUCUGGCCCAUACUUAUUUCACAAAAUAUCCUGUGGACUUUGCUGGACCGAGCUACUUCGGCGGUGUCAAAGAUACAUUCGUUCUGGCUGCAUCCAAAAGUGGCGAGAUAUACAUUUGGGAACGAUCAUCAGGAGUUCUUCUACACUCACUUAAGGCCCCCGACCAGGAGCUUACAAACCUUGCAUGGAACCAUAAAUCCCAAGCGGGUUCAUGUUUGCAUCCGCAGCACAUGAUGGAAUGGUCAGAAUUUAUCGAUCAUGAGGUGCGGAACCGGAUACCCCGGGCAUUUGUCCGUUCGAAUGAUGAUUUCCUUACAGCAGAGCCUAGCUCGUACCUGAGAGGUGGAUCAGAGCGCCCGAUAGCCAAUCCUGCUAAGCGCAAACAAACUCUUCUGGCACUGCUCUCAGAGCUCUCAGACUUGCGGGACGCAGAGGACUUUGACAAGGAAGUUAGAGACUCAGCCCCCAGCAAUGGGAGCACAGGAGCCUUGGGUGUAGAGACGGUACAAGACAGUCAAUCACGCGAGGGCGUGGCCAUUUUCCUUGCGUUCGACAACCAUGUGACCAGUCUAGAUCGGCAACUUCAAGGUUUUGCUAAUGCCGUUCGCCAGCUUGGGUCUAGCGUGGGUCUGCUAAAUGCGACAUACUAUUUGCGUGGCUCGCUCAUUCAGAUCGAGUAUCUCUUCCGGGAAAACGCGGCUGACUUGUUCAGUGAGAUUCGACGCAAACGAGAUGGCAGUCGUGACUCCCCGCUAAGGGCCACUAAAGCCGAAAGAGAUCGUGUUCACACCGGCAUGAGGCCCCAAAUCAAGCCGUUAAAGGAUAUCGAGCAACUUCCCGAAGAGAUGGACAGACUCGCACAACAAAUCCACGUGUUUGUAAAUCGUUUAAACGAUAUUCCAGAAUUUACGGAUGAACUUGUCAAUGCUUCAUUUAUUUCGUUUGCCAGUGAUCUGAGGUACCGAGCAUCGUGUUUGAGGGAAUUUAAGGGGCAACUGAAGACCAGUGCUCUUCAACGGUAUAUAAACGAUCUAUCCACAGAUAUUGGUACACAUAUGGAAUCCAUGAACGAGGCGCUAACCAAUUUUGUGGAGGUUGGAGUGCCCACCAUCCGACAUGCCCAGACGCACACCGCAAAUGGCCUUCAGUACCUCUCCGCUGUAGCUACGUUUUUCAGUGGCGUAACGGCGACAACGAUCCAGUACAGUUUUGAUCAAACGGGGAAUACACGCGCAGACAUGGUAAACGCUAUGUGGAUUAUCAGUUUGAUAUUUUCCAUUGCUAGCGCUAUCAACUCCCAGCUCGCGUAUCACUGGCGAGCCGCUAUAUACCGCUCCCCACGUAACUAUGUGCCGUGGUGGGUUUCAAUAUGGAUUAAACGCUCGCCUCUCUUCUUCUUAAUUGGCUCCGUUAUCGCAUUUUCGAUAGGAUUAUGUGUAUUCACUUACAGUAGCCGUCAAAGCCCUGUUGUCAGUGCUCUGGUCACUGCCUUCACCAUAGUGACUUCCUCGGGCCUGAUUUCGGUCGGAUUAUGGUUCAUGUCCGAACGAUGGAUCUUCUCGCGCACACGAGGAAAACGUUGGCUAUUCGACGUCCUUAACGAAACCCAAGCCAAGAUAAACAGACUGUUGGGAAUCACAUGGGUCUUAAAACAGUUCCCAGAGGACAUAGGCCCUAGGCUAAUGCGAUGGUCUCGCCUUCAAGUACACAACAUCAGAACGGCAUUACAGAUGGCGUACAUAUACUGUACUUGUCGUAGCCCGUCGGAAAUUGAUGAGGAGAAACAGGCCCACCUGUCCGAUUUUGCUGCUGAUCCUCCACGAAGCAGUGGUCUUCCUCCCCGUCCCUCCGGAGCACGCUCAGAUGAUGAUACCAUCUCAAUCGCGGACACAAAUUAUUCUGCGUUGGCAUCCCCUCGGUUUACAGAUAAGCAACCGCUUCCAACUUCAACCUCUAUGACAAGCAUUCCUUCGAGUUCGAGUGGUCAUCCAAGAGAAACGCCUCCAGGUUUUUCUACUGUUGCGUUGCCUGCUACUAUUACAGAAGGAGAACUAGAAAGGCCGCCCCCUCCUAGACGAUUGAAGAGCCUGGUGGAAAGGAUCAUUGCCAUCAAUAAGUCUGCGCCCGGAAGAACAGUGUCUGGCCGAACUGACCUUGAAUCAACCACGGGAAGACCGAGAGCAAGUACUGAGGGCUACAUUCCUUCUUCGUAUGCACUCAAAGCACGGCUCACCAAACUCAAACCUGGUCUUGAAAACCUUCGUAUUACUCAGUUUAUGACGGAACAUAUGGCUCUAGUGAAACACAUGCAAUUUAGUCCUAAUGGUGAUUACUUGGCCACGUGCAGCUGGGAUCGUACAGCUAUUAUCUGGAAGAUUGGGGAUACAGUGGAAAUGUGCAUGAAAUUGUACCACCCGGUGUCCUCAGGUGGAUUCGUAAAUCAGGUUGCAUGGUCCCCGGACGGCGAGCGAUUACUGACUAGGACGCAAAAAGCUAUCAAAAUUUGGAAUCCCUACACUGGUAUAAGCACGCGAACUAUCACUAGAGGGAGAUCAAUCCAAUAUGCAUCCUGGAUGCCAAGCGGAAAUGGCUUCUUAGCUGUUGAGUAUAAGUCCCAAUCUCGGGCCGGUCAAGUUACAGCUACGAAUCUUGUCCAAUUGGACGCCGAAGGAAAGGUUCUUUACACGCAUAUAUUGGAUAGGAUUCAGAUCUGGGAUACAGCGAUUAUGGCUGACGAAGUUCGCGUACUGGCUGUUGGCACUUUGGUAGAAAGCAGAGAUCGGCUUCAGCCGAUUCAGUCUCGUGCUGAAAAACGCCUGUUAAUUUAUAAUCUGAAGACAAACGAAGUAGAGCACCAUGUGCCACUUCUUCAGGAAGUUCGCAAUAUAUCCUUGAGCACUCCGGUCAAUAAGGUUACCCAUGCGCUAGUGUCACACGAGAACAAAUCACCCCCUCAAAUGUGGAGAAUCGACAUGAAAACUACAAUCAGGCCUGGUGAACACGUUGCAAGACUCGUCCUAGUGCAUUCCUAUCUCACAAAGACUCCAGUCGAGUUUGCAGGCCAAAGUUUCUUUGGUGGACCUGAUGAAAUGUUUGUCUGCUGUUCUUCAAAGAGCGGGGAGAUGUAUGUCUGGGAUCGAAUUUCUGCCACCUUGUUACACACCCUUCGUCCGGAUGACAUGGAAGUGAUUAAAAUAUUUGCCUGCAAUCGCAGGGCUAUUCCUCGGUUUAUGCUCGUAUCUGGCGCACUUGAUGGUACACUGCGAGUUUGGUCUUCUCCAGCAUCUCCACCCCCCAGUAGGCAGCUUACUUCGUCGCCCGAGCUGCAAGCAUCUCUGGGGUCGAGCUCUCCUCAGAGGGGCGGCUGUCUAACUGGAGACCUGACCAUGAUCAAGUUCGAAAUUACUUUGGAUCUUCGUGCGCCCUCGCUCUCAUGCCCUUUACAAUGA